AUGGGUUUCCAAGGGCAUCUGCAAACCCGCAUUUGGUCGGUAUUGUUUAUCCUGCUCAUAUGUGAUUUGGCCUCAGUGACAGGUUCCGCUACAUGCUACUACCCUUCCGGUGAUGUUGCGCACCGAGACAUGCCAUGCGAUCCCUCUGCAAGACAGAGUUCGUGCUGCGGCCCGCUAGAUAUCUGUCUUGGCAAUGGUCUCUGCUAUGAUCAAAGCAGUGAUGGUCUGAUAUCAAGAGGUUCCUGCACAGAUCAAACUUGGAACGACGGCAGUUGCAGUCAUUAUUGCGCAGAUGAUGCACCAAAUGAAGGAUGCGCUGUUGUGGUUUGCGCCCACAAUGAAUGGUGCUGUGGGGCAGGCUGCUGCUCAAAUGGUACCGCAUCAACUUUCUCCGUCGCCGUUGGGACCGUCAUCGGCCGGCCUACAGACCUUGCCAAUCCGAGCAGCACUCUUCCUGUAACAGUCACUACGACUGCAACUAAUGCAGUCACGAUUACGGCCUCCCCCUCAAAUUCAUCACAUACGUCCGACUCGAGAGACAUUGCAAUUGGCGCUGGAGUAGGCGUACCUCUUGGCUUGGCUCUCCUUGCGGCUGUCGGUCUGCUCUUCUACCGCGAGCGUCACUACAGGAGGAUGUACGCUCUCCCUUCCUCACCCGCUCCAUAUGCUCCCGGCCAGGAACAACCUUACGACAUGUCGCACCUUAGGGUCGCUGAAGCCGACAGCAUUCCCAGGCAUCGGUCAGAAAUGCCUGGAAGUCAACCGACAGUUACAUAUCUGAAAUGA